UGUAGCGUGUGACAACACUUAUUUUUGACAAAGCCGUCCUUGAGCCGACCUUUUGCCCUAUGUACGCUCAAUUGUGCUAUGAUAUUCAUAACAGACUGCCUAAGUUUCCACCUGAGCCUAUGGCUAGUGAUGAGAUCACAUUCAUGAAGGUUUUGCUGAAGAAAGUUUAAAUGGUGUUUGAUGGAACCGAUGAAUUAAGCGAUGAGAUUAGAAAGAUGAACGCGCCAGAUCAGAAGAAAGAACGGAAAGACAAGGAAAGGUUGUUGAAACUCCGAACUCUAGGAAAUCUUCGUUUGGUUGGUGAGCUGUUUUUAAAGCAGAAGAUUUCAGAAGAGAAUGUUCUGGACGUUCUUCAGGAUGUUUUGGGGGGGGGGAUGACGAGAAAACGUGUCCAUCAGAGGAAAAACUUGAAGCCGUCUGUGUCUUUCUCAAGACUGUUGGCAAAAAGCUUGAUGGUUCGAAAUCUGUCGAUUCAUCCUUAGGCUUUAGCUCAAAACAGUUCAACGAUUACUUUUGCAGACGUUUAAAGAGUCUCUCCAGUCAUCCUCAAUUGAAUAAGCGUAUAAAAUUUCUAGUUCGGGAUAUCAUUGAUCUGCGCUCAAACAAUUGGAUUCCCAGCGGGAAAGAGUCAUCCUACUACCCUUUAGAACAUCAUAUGUAAUGCCUAUGCUUAUUCACUUUCGAGUAUAAUCAAGA